CGUUACGUCCAGCGGACGCUUCCUUACCAACCUGUAGCUGUUUAUCUGCUGUAGAGCUGCAGAGAAGCUGUCAGAGGAGCCGCUGCGCUGAUUAUUACUAUUAUUAACCCGCUACAGGCUCCGUGCUGAGCCCUCAGUCCGGCCGCGGUGAUGGCCGAAGAAAAUAUCUUUCUGUUCGUCCCCAAUCUGAUCGGCUAUGCCCGAAUUGUUCUGGCUUUAUUGUCUUUCUAUUUGAUGCCCUGCUGUCCAGCACCUGCCGUGUUUUGUUACCUGCUGAGUGCACUGUUGGAUGCAUUUGAUGGACAUGCGGCUCGAGCUCUUAAUCAAGGCACAAAGUUUGGUGCCAUGCUGGACAUGUUAACUGACCGAUGUGCCACCAUGUGUCUGUUGGUGAACCUGGCUCUCCUCUACCCCUCCUACACUUUCCUCUUCCAGCUGAGCAUGUCCCUGGAUGUAGCCAGUCACUGGCUGCAUCUGCACAGCUCCAUGAUGAAAGGAGCGUCCAGUCACAAGACCAUCGACCUGUCCGGCAACCCCAUCCUCAGGAUCUAUUACACCUCAAGGCCCGUGCUGUUCUUCAUGUGUAUGGGCAAUGAGCUGUUUUACUGCCUGCUGUAUGUGAUGUACUACAUCGAAGAGCCACAGGUGUGGUUACAGUGCCUGUUGGGAGUGUGUGGUGUGGUCUGCCUGCUGAAGUCAGGUAUCAGCGUCCUCCACCUCAUCACCGCCUCCUGCAACAUGGCUGCAAUAGAUGUUGCUGACCGUGAGAGGGAAAGAAGCAAAACCAAAUGAGGGAGGAAUCCGGGACGAAAUGGAGAAGAAGUGUGUCUUAAUGGAAGUAUACACUGUAGUAGUACUGUACUGUAUGUGUGUGUGUGUAGGGGGGGACGGGGGGAUAGGUUGAUGAGUAAAAAAACGAGUAUGGAGAUGAUGGCUGAAGGUGAAGAGAAGGUCAGUACAAAACAUGAGUUAAAGGAGUACUUCAGUAUUUUUCACAUAAUCGUUAUCUGCUAUGUGUAGCACAAAAGAGCAUGCUUUCUUCUGAGCAUGCUGGCUAUACAUUAAUGCUAUAUCAGCAACAGUUGAAAAAAGUUGGUUGGCCUUACAUGUGUUAAAGGAGGCAUGUGCUAGUCUUCACCCUCCUAGGGUUGGGGGCAUUACUAUUGGUAGGGGGAGUCCUAGUGAGUCGGUUGGGUAAUUGGCUUCUAAAUUGUGAAGAAAAUGGGAUAAAUUGGAACAUUUACUCUUUAGAAAAAGAAAAAAAACUCUUUUGUAAUGCUCUACUCUUUUGGCUUCAGUCCUCCUGAGGUUUCACUUAAUAAGUAGGCUAAAAUUACAGUUGAACAGAUCUUUUUUUUGUUCUAUAAAUAGAUGCAUCAAACCUGUAAGGGGUUCUAUUCUGUGCACAGACACAGUAAGUGUGUAAAGCCUAGAAGUGAAAUUGAAUGAGUGUAUUUGGCUUUCAAAUAAGUGGUCAUUUCGCACAGCCCUGCUACCAUUACCUUAUCUGACGUGAGUUCAUGUACAAAUCCUGGGUUUUAAAAUUAAAAUCAGAAUUUUGAAUGUUUUAAGAGAGAUACUGUUCAUGUUAUAUAUUAGUCAUAUAUUUCAUUCACAUUACAUGUCCUACAAGUUUAGAAUUUGCCCAGUGGCUUCUGUUAUAAUAUAUUUUUUAUGCUGCCUGUUCUAAACACACAGAAACAUCUCUGUGGUAAUCAGUGGUUUGACUUCAGCACUAUGUAGGGAUUAAGUUGAAAAAUACUGGAGUAUUACUUUAAUAGAAAUUAACUUUGGGAACUUUUUGAAGCCACCUUGAUGAUUUGACAUUAUACAUUUAUUUAUUUAUUCACAGACUAUUGGUGAUAUUGUAACAGUAAUGUAUAUCAGAUUGCAGUUUCUCUAAAUAUUUAAAUAUCUAAAUGUAUUGGGUUGUAUUUUUCUUAUUGUGUAUAUCAGAAAGUAUUUAGAUUUUAGAAUUGUCCCUCAGCCCGACCUUCUAGGUGAAGUUGAAAUGAACAGGUGUGAGUAUUCUGUAUUCCUCUGUGGUAAAGUAGAAUAAUAUUGCAGAGACACACACACACAUGCAUACAUAUAUCCAUCACUUUGCUCAAACAUAUGAUGGGCACAUUCCACACCGCACAAUGAAAUCCACUUAUUGUGUUUUUGCUUUGUUUUGUAUUUGUUUGCUUUAACUGGCUGUUUUAGUAUUUUACUACUGUUACUAUCUCUAUUAUUUUGUGAUUUUAUGUAAUAUAAAAUAUAUCUAUACGCUGGUGUGUUUUGAGAGUGCCAUAUUGACUGUAUUUUUGACAAAUAAAUUGCUUAAGAAUGGCUGUUUACUUUGUGUAAUCCCACUGUAUUAUUCAAAAGCUUCUGAAUGGAUUAGAAACCUGAGGAACAAUAGAGCCAUACUGUUUUUGCCUGCUGAAAUAUCCACAGCAAUAAAGAAAUCGUUAUACAA